AUGUGCCAGCAAUCACCAGGACCGUGCCACUUGGCUGGCGUCCCGGGCGGCAAGGCCGGCGUCUACCAGCAGCGGAUACAAAAAGGCCACCGUGUCGCCGAAGAUAGCUGUGGCGCAGGUCUCGCCCAUGCCCAUCAGAAGAGCCUCGACCGCGGUCGACCUCCCGCAAGCGGCGGUCGUGCUCAACAUGGACCGCGAGCCCAGGCGGCCAACACCCAGCGGAGACGCCCAGACAGCACGGCCCAUGCAGGUCGACCUCCCGCAAGCGGCGGUCGUGCUCCAUAUGGACCGCCAGCCCAGGCGGUCAACAGCCAGCGGCCACUCACCUUGCUUGACGUUUCCAUGCUCAAAUGCGCUUGCUCUGCCACAGCCAACAUGUCAUCACACCAGGCGCUCCAGGGGCACCUGUGGUGGUGCAUAUUUACUGGAGCAACCACACCACGGCAGAAGAGGAGGAAGGUUGCUCUGGUUACCCAGCAAUUGCCCAUAUGUCUGCCAGCCACACCAUUGCAAACCCCACGAUUCGAGCUCCCGCCCUCUGUCCAUCGCCACUUGCCCCAAGCAAUUGCAGACAUGGUUGGCGAGAGCUCCGGCGAUGAAGACAGGCAGCAGCAGCAGCCGCAGCGAGGGCUUUCACCUGCGGACAGGGGUCUGCAGCGCCCACUGAACCUUCCCGCGCCCAUCCCUUUCCGUUUUCCCAGCACACCGGGUGGAUCCCUGGUGUAUGAACCCCCGCCACCACCACCAGCUCAACGACCCCGCCCGCAAACACAUGCCAGCACCAAGGUUUUGCUUCACCGAAUCAUCCAUAAUCAAGUUCAAAGGGAGCAAAGGGAGCGCCUGACAACAUUCGUCGGCAAUGUUCACAUCCUUGCGCGCCACACCAGCUUUUUUCUCAAGUACUACCUUGCUGAUCAUCCUCUACACGAUUUCCCGGACAUCACCGACAAGCACAUCAGUGUGAUAUUUGAGCUGCUAAACAAUCCAGGCUACAACGGCAAUCCGGUCAUCGUGCAAGUGUUGCAUCCAUGGGUUCAAGACUACUGUGAUGUUCACGGAUUCGCCCCCAUCCGCAUGCAGUAUUGCCAUCAGACCGCAGCGUACACGGCUACGAGCAUCUUCACAAACCUCAAAGUUAACGCUUGGUUUGAAGCAAGUCGUACUGCAUCUCCGUAGAGCUGGAGUCAACCGAGCGCAGCGGCGACACUAUUAUCAGCGUGUCCGUCAGUUUAAAAAGUAUGCGACGUUUGAAGAGUUUCCAACCGAAGAAGAGUUUGCGCGCCUCACACGACUUGAGCGGACCGUCCUCGACGAGUUAUGGGCUCUGUUUCCUCCCCAGGAU